CAGUUAUUUCCUGUCAGCAGUACCAGUCAGACAGGAUUGAUUUUGGAAAAUGCAGACGCAUAUGUGGAAUUUUUCAUAAUUUUAUUUUUGCCGCUCGAUGACUUGGCUCUUUUACCAAAAACACUCAUCUAAAUAUCAACACUUAUGACGAUAUAAAGUGACCCGGCCCACUAGUCUGGAUUCAAGGCUGAGCAGGUGAAGAUGAGCCUACACAGUUCAAGUGGAAGCUGUGAGCGCUCGAGGGAUCGCCGGCGCUCCAGUGACCGUUCACGUGACUCCUCCCACGAGCGGGGCGAAGGCCAGCUCACCCCCUGUAUCCGCAAUGUCACCUCACCCACACGACAACACACUAGUGAACGGGAGAGCGGCUCGUCGCGGUCUAACAGCCCCAGGCCUCAGAGAGUCUCUCCCAGUGGCUCCAGCAGCCGCAACAGCAGCCUGUCCAGCACGGAGGGCACCUUUAAGAGCAUGGGUACGGGUGAAAUGGUGUUUGUUUAUGAAAACGCCAAGGAAGGAGCUCGUAGCCUGCGCACCUCAGAGAGGGUCACGCUCAUUGUGGACAACACGCGCUUUGUGGUGGACCCGUCCAUCUUUACUGCACAACCGAAUACCAUGCUGGGCAGAAUGUUUGGUUCUGGGCGAGAACACAAUUUCACACGACCCAAUGAGAAGGGGGAGUACGAGGUGGCAGAGGGCAUCAGUUCCACUGUGUUCAGGGCCAUUCUGGAUUACUACAAAACUGGGAUAAUCCGCUGUCCAGAUGGAAUCUCCAUUCCUGAGCUGAGGGAAGCAUGUGACUAUUUGUGCAUCUCUUUUGACUAUAGCACGAUCAAAUGCAGGGACCUCAGUGCUCUGAUGCACGAACUGUCAAAUGACGGUGCGCGGCGGCAGUUUGAGUUCUACCUUGAAGAGAUGGUACUGCCGCUGAUGGUGGCCAGCGCUCAGAGUGGAGAGAGGGAGUGUCACAUUGUUGUGCUCACGGAUGAUGAUGUGGUGGACUGGGACGAGGAGUAUCCACCCCAGAUGGGAGAGGAGUAUUCGCAGAUAAUAUACAGUACAAAACUCUACCGUUUCUUCAAGUACAUUGAAAACCGAGACGUGGCCAAAUCCGUUUUAAAAGAACGAGGACUCAAGAAAAUUAGACUAGGCAUUGAAGGAUAUCCCACUUACAAAGAAAAGGUGAAGAAGCGGCCAGGCGGCAGGCCUGAGGUCAUCUACAACUACGUGCAGAGGCCCUUCAUCCGCAUGUCCUGGGAGAAGGAGGAGGGUAAGAGCCGGCACGUGGACUUCCAGUGCGUGAAGAGCAAAUCCAUCACAAACCUGGCAGCAGCAGCGGCCGACAUUCCACAGGACCAACUGGUGGUGCUGCACCCCGGCCCUCAGGUGGACGAGCUGGACAUUCUGCCCAACCACCCUGCUCCAGGACACCACUACAGCAACAACUACGAGCCUGACACCGACGCUGCCUCGCCUGCACUCUGAAUGCACACCUCUUCCUCUCCCCUCUGUUCUUCCUCUCCUCUCCCACAGCAUGCUGCAGCAUGGCGCGAGAGUGACACCGUUAACCAGAUUGCCUUCUGCACCUCCUUUCGCAGCCUUAGAGCCUCAACAAGCUAGUCUACUGUACUAUGAAAAUGUUUAAAAAAAAAAAAAGAGGGGACUCGGGAUACUGGCAUGGGCAGUGUUACCCUUUUUCGUUUUUUUUUUUUUUUGCCUCCUUCCCCUCUUUCUUACUUGACCAAAGGAAUUUUUUUUUAAUGAAAUAAGCAACCUCACUUAUUUUGUAAUUGGGCUUAUUAUUAUUAUUAUUAUUAUUAUUUACUACUACUUUUCCAUUUCCAUUAUAUUAUUGUAUUGAUUUAGCAUUCGAUCUUAUUUGAUAUGUAUCCUGGGUGGUGUCACUGUGUAACGAUCAUUAUUUUUUCAAUUAAAAAAAGAGAAGGAAAAAAAAACAGCCGUCAAUCCCGGGUUGAUUCCCCUCAGAAUCUCCUUUGUAGCCAAAGGAGUCGUGUUGCCUGUUGAAUGGAUGCAGUGUUGCAUUUAUGUGUUCAGAAUCCCACCGUUCAGAGCUUGAGUCCUUGUAUAAAGUUAUAACACAGGUUCGUGUGGUAAACCUUGCGCUGUUGUGCAGUUAGUGUGCUAUCAUGUGCCUCUUGAAUUUGCACGUACAAAGAUUCAAAGCUUCUGAAAGCGGAAACUUGGAUUCUGUGCACUUGUGUAACACAAGCCAAAAUAAACAUUUACAUCAGCUGCUUUUGAUAGUGAGGGUGGUGGUUUUUAAUUCCGUCAGCUGGCCUUCAGCAUGCAUUGAAUUUACUAUCGCUCACAGUACUGCAAGCACUGCCUGCAUCCUUACCUGGUUAAGUACAUCCACUCAAACGCACACAUUUAUGGGGCUGUAUGUUGAAUAUAUAUAUUUUAUCCAGAUGUGAAACCUAGCUGCAGACCAAACCUCGUGUCCAACUGUAGUGUGCAAGUUUUUGUCCACGAGAAUGCAGAUGGGAUGGAAGUAAUGUACUGUGGCUUUUUGUUUGAGAAAUUAUAAAAAAAAAAAUGUAUUCAUGAAAGGACUACUGUGAUCAGUCGUGUACACAAUGCGUGUGCUGUUGAGGAAAAAAUUAUCAAUCCGUGACGGGGUGGUGUGAUGUGAUUCAAUGCAACCUGACAUGAAGUAAGAACACCCUGUCAACUUGUGUUACUGGCAAACUGCAAAUAAAGGUCUCCUUAAAGAAAACAUG